GUAUGCGUGUGGAGGUUGUGUGUGGGGUAGAGUAGUCGUUGUGUUGUACAUUACGCGGUGUUUUUUUUUGUUUAUUUUUCAUUUGAGUGCAUUUAGUUCAUUUUACGGCCGUGCUUAGGGUAGAAAUUCGGAAAUAUCGCAAAUGUCUCAAGGUGAAUUAUUGCAAUUUGUGAAUUGUCGUUUGGUACGUAAUCAUAAGCUGAUACAAGAAGAUCUUUGGGUGCGCAAUGGCAAAAUCAUUAAUCCAGAGCCAGUAUUCUUCGAUGAGAAGCAGCGGGCACAUCAACAAAUCGAUUGUGGAAAUUCCAUUAUAGCUCCCGGCUACAUUGAACUCCAGAUUAAUGGCGGUUACGGCGUUGACUUCUCAUACGAUGUGGAUACAGUCGCUGAAGGCAUUGAGAAGGUCGCAAAAGAGCUAAUCACAAAUGGGGUUACUUCAUUUUGUCCCACCAUUGUAACGUCGCCACCGGAAACUUAUCGGAAAAUUAUACCACAAGUAACGGGCACAACAACAGGCGCACAAGUUUUGGGCUUGCAUUUAGAAGGUCCUUUUAUCAGUCCACAAAAGAAGGGAGCCCAUCCGGAGAACUGCAUCAAAGAUAUUGAUAAUGGCAUAGACACGUUGGUGGAGGCCUACAGCAACUUAAGCAAUGCCAAAAUUAUCACGCUUGCACCGGAAAAAGAUCCAACGGGCGCUGUCACAAAAGCGCUGACAAACAUGGGUAUCACUGUAGCCUUAGGACACUCCAUUGCCAACUUGUCUCAAGGUGAACUUGCUGUGCAAAAUGGUGCGCGGUUGAUUACGCAUCUUUUCAAUGCCAUGUUACCGUUCCAUCAUCGGGACCCUGGUCUGGUUGGCUUGCUGGCGUCCAAUAACAUUCCACCUGCCCAGGAAAUUUUCUUUGGCAUAAUUGCUGACGGCAUUCACACACAUCCGGCUGCUUUGCGUAUAGCCCACCGCACUCAUCCCGAUGGUCUUAUACUGGUUACGGAUGCAAUUGCAGCACUCGGUCUGGGCGAGGGCAAACACCACUUAGGUCAGUUGGAAAUGGAAGUACGCGAUGGCAAAGCGUUCAUUGCUGGCACUAACACUUUGUGUGGUAGUAUUGCACCAUUAGAUACAUGCGUACGCAUUUUCAAAAAGGCAACCGAUUGCUCUACUGUAUAUGCGCUAGAAUGCGCAACACUACAUCCGGCAAGUUGUUUAAAAAUGGCGGAAACGAAGGGUACGUUAAAUUUUGGCGCUGAUGCCGAUUUUGUUAUUUUGACAGAUGACUUGUUUGUAAAGUCGACAUGGAUUAAUGGCAAAUGCGUAUACCGUUGCAAACCUGAAGAAUUGGAAGCACUCACUUCCAGACCUAUUGAACAAUUAUGCGAGUGUAUAUAAAUUAGGUUGAAAAAAUGUAUUGAAUUCGUUAUUUUAUUCAGUUGCACAAUUGCUGAAAUUCAAAUUUUAUUGCUUUUAUAACCUAAACGUUUUUAUUUAGAUCGCUUGAAUCAACAUGCAACUUAUUUAAAAUCAAUUUUUGCAUUAAAUUGAUGUUUACGUUUUUAA